UGAUGACAGAAAGGCCUUCAUUGUAAAAAAUGAUAGCAAGAUGUGGCUCACUUUCCUUCUGGCUGCUUUUGCAGGAGUCCUACAUUGGUGUCACAUAACAACUCUUUUUGAAAAUGACCGUCAUUUUUCUCACCUGUCAACACUAGAAAGAGAAAUGGCUUUUCGCACAGAAAUGGGUCUUUAUUAUUCCUACUUCAAGAUCAUUAUUGAGGCACCAUCAUUUUGGAAUGGAGUAUGGGCAAUUAUGAAUGACAGACUAACUGAAUAUCCUUUAGUGAUUAACACCUUACAAAGGUUCAAUCUUUAUCCAGAGGUGGUCCUCGCCAGCUGGUACCGCAUAUAUACUGGCAUUAUGGAUUUCCUUGGUGUAUCAACAAAGACAUGUUGGACUGUAAACAGAGGAAAAGGGCUUAGUCCUGUUGAAAGCUGUGAGGGGUUGGGAGACCCUGCUUCCUUUUAUGUUGCGAUGAUUUUUCUUUUGAAUGGAUUAAUGAUGUCACUAUUCUUCAUAUAUGGUACAUACCUCAGUGGGAGCCGUCUCGGAGGUCUUGUUACCGUGAUGUGUUUCUUUUUCAACCAUGGAGAGUGCACUCGCGUCAUGUGGACUCCACCUCUUCGUGAAAGUUUCUCAUACCCAUUCCUUGUGCUUCAGAUGUUGCUUUUGACCUAUAUUCUCAGGAUUCCGAAUAUUAAUACAGGAAGCUUGAUUGCACUGUGUGUUUCUAAUAUCUUUUUCAUGCUUCCCUGGCAGUUUGCUCAAUUUGUUCUUCUAACACAGAUAGCUUCAUUAUUUGCUGUGUGUAUUAUGGGUUAUAUUGACUCCUGCAAGUUACAGAAGAUACUCUCUGCUCAUAUGAUAUCUCUUGUAGUGUGUUUUACUCUGAUGUUUGGUAAUUCAAUGUUAUUGACAUCAUAUUAUGCUGCAUCUUUAUUAGUUAUCUGGGGAAUUCUUGAGUUGAGUCGAAAAUUCUUGAAAAGCAGCAGAAGAGAAGUCUAUGUAUGGGUCAUUGAAGGAUGUGCCUGGUUAUUUGGUACAGUCACAUUGAAAUACCUAACUUCUUUAGCGCUUGGAAUAGCUGAUGAUGCUCAUAUAGGAAAUAUAUUAAAAUCUAAAUUUAUUGGCUACAAGGAUUUUGAUACAUUAAUGUAUACCUGUGCUGCAGAGUUUGAUUUCAUGGAAAAAGAGACUCCAGUAAGAUACACAAAGACUCUGCUAUUGCCAGUCGUUCUAGUGGUUUUUGGGGUAAUCAUCAAAAGGGUAGUUAAAUAUCUUAUGUGGACCUUAUCUCAGACAGACCAAUAUGAAAGAGAAGAACGUUUUAACCACGGUGAGCUGGUAUACCAUGCAUUGCAGCUGCUGGCAUACAGUGUCCUAGCGAUUUUAAUCAUGAGACUAAAACUGUUUUUGACACCACAUCUUUGUGUUAUGGCUUCCUUGAUGUGUUCAAAACAG